AUUCUCCCCCCUCCUCCAUGCACUUGAAAAAAACAGAGCAUUAUAUAAUCAGCAGAGAAUAAAAGGGUUUUGAGUUACAAGCCCCUGUUUUUGUUGCAGAGUAAGAGAUGGAAGAAGAGACUGAUAUAGUGGGGAAGGCGUUUGUGGAACAUUAUUACCAAUUGUUCGAUAAUGAAAGACCAUCCCUUUCCACUUUGUACCAGCCUGACUCCAUGCUCACUUUCGAGGGGCAGCAAAUAUUAGGCGUUGAUGACAUCUCCUCCAGGCUUCAGCAGCUGCCAUUCGAACGUUGCCGGCAUGUCGUCAGCACUGUCGACACGCAGCCCUCCGCCGUCCCUGGCUCCAUCCUCAUCUUCGUCAGCGGCAGUCUCGAGCUGCCCGAAGAAGAACACCACCUCAGAUUCAGCCAGAUGUUUCACUUGGUACCCACGGCACAGGGCAACCUUUGCGUUCAGAACGACAUAUUUCGCCUCAAUUACGGUUAGUUCAUUUCAGGGCUUCAUCGAGCCUACAUUACCACAAAGAAACGGUGUCGUUUAAUGGGAUGUAGUUUGUAUUCUGCCCUGAUCUAAAUAUAUCUCAUUCUGUUAUGUGUUCUUUAUAAAAUCUCUAUUAUUUUUGGGCUUGGGAUUUCGGCCCAAUAACAUCUAGACUAUGGGCUUGGUCGGCCCAAUUAUCGCAUCAAACAGGCCCCUAGUCAUAAAUGGGCUGUUAUAUUGUUGCGUUGGCGAAUGAAUAUUAUUUAGUGUAACUUUAUCA